UACUUCGGUGGGGCGGCAGUCGGGGAGGGUUCAGCGUAGUGUGUUGCUGAGCGAGCCGGUGGGCUGGGCUCCGGCCCAGCAAGCGGCCGGCGAUGCUGGAGGGUGGCUCGGAGGACGCGGAGCGCCAAGCAGACGGCGACGUUGUGGGGGCUGUGGCGGCGCCGCCCGCCAUCGACUUCCCGGCGGAAGGCACGGAUCCCAAGUAUGAUGAAUCUGAUGUUCUAACGGAGCUCCAAGUGUUAAAAGAACCCCUCCAACAGCCAACUUUCCCCUUUGUAGUUGCAAACCAACUUCUGCUGGUCUCUUUGCUGGAGCACCUGAGCCAUGUGCACGAGCCGAAUCCACUUCGUUCAAAGCAGGUGUUUGAAUUACUUUGUCAGACCUUUAUCAAGAUGGGACUGCUGUCAUCUUUCACCUGCAGUGGUGAGUUUAGCUCAUUGAGACUUCAUCACAACAGAGCUAUUACUCAUUUAAUGAAGUCUGCCAAAGAAAGAGUUCGUCAGGAUCCUUGUGAGGAUAAUUCUUACAUGCAGAAAAUCAGAUACAGAGAGGUCGCCUUUGAAGCCCAGACUUCCCGCUACUUGAACGAAUUUGAAGAGCUUGCCAUCCUAGGAAAAGGUGGAUAUGGGAGAGUCUACAAGGUCAGGAAUAAGUUAGAUGGUCAGCAUUACGCAAUUAAGAAAAUCCUGAUUAAGGGCGUAACGGAAACAGAUUGUAUGAAGGUACUGCGGGAAGUGAAGGUCCUGGCAGGUCUUCAACACCCUAAUAUCGUAGGCUAUCACACCGCGUGGCUGGAGCAUGUCCAUGUGACCCGGCCACAAGCAGGCAGAGUUCCGAUCCAGUUGCCCUCUCUUGAGGUGCUGUCUGACCAGGCCGAGCACAGAGAUCAGUGUGCAGUAAAAGGUGGUGAGAGCAGCUCUUCCAUUAUCUUUGCUGAGUUCACCUCAGAAAAAGAAAAAUCUGACAUUGGAGAUGAGAAUAACAGAUUGGUGACCUAUACCACUGAAGUUGUCCUGAGGGACAGCAGUGAGCGUGGGUCGUCUGCUGAGCACCAGGAAAACGGCUUGCCUGACUUGUCCAUCAGGUCCUUGGUUAAGCAGCAGCUGCCGCUCAGGCACAACUCAGACCUGGAGGAGGACCUCACGUCCACAGAGGAGUCUUCGGAAGAAAACUUAAACUUGGGGCAGACAGAGGUGCGGUACCAUCUGAUGCUGCACAUACAGAUGCAGCUGUGCGAGCUCUCCCUGUGGGACUGGGUCGCCGAGAGGAACCAGCGCAGCCGAGAGUGUGUGGAUGAAGCUGCCUUACUUGUCCAAGAACGUGCUAGAUACCACAAAAAGAGUCACUUGGUGUGGAAUAGGUUCGAGCUGUACAACAAAGUAGACCGUUCACAGAGCCUGUCCUUAUGUUAUGGCCAGUGUUGCGACAAAAAUUUUUCAAGAGUUGGUGGAAGGUGUAUUUUACAUACACAACAUGGGAAUUGUGCACAGAGAUCUGAAGCCCAGAAAUAUUUUUCUUCAUGGACCAGACCAUCAGGUAAAAAUCGGAGACUUUGGCCUGGCCUGCACAGACAUCAUACAGAAGAAUUCAGACUGGACCAACAGAAACAGGAAAGGAAAGCAGCACACACUUCCAGGGUGGGGACUUGUUUGUAUGCUUCACCCGAGCAGCUGGAAGGAUCAGAGUAUGAUGCUAAGUCAGACAUGUACAGCCUGGGUGUGAUCCUGCUGGAGCUCUUUCAGCCAUUUGGGACAGAAAUGGAGCGAGCAGCAGUUUUAACAGGUGUGAGAGCUGGACGGAUACCUGAGUCCCUCAGUCAAAGGUGUCCAGUGCAGGCCCAGUAUAUCCAGCAGCUGACCAGCAGGAGCGCCUCCCAGAGACCGUCUGCCCUUCAGCUGCUACAGAGCGAGCUCUUCCAAACCUCUGGAAACGUUAAUCUCACCCUACAGAUGAAGAUAAUAGAGCAAGAAAAAGAAAUCCAAGAACUGAAGAAGCAGCUGAGCCUCCUGUCUCAGGCCAAGGGGGUCAAGGGGUGACAAGCAGGGCCUCCCUGCCUCCCUCACUAGGCAGCAUCAGUGACACAAAGGUGGACUCACUUUUAGACCAGCCAACUGCAAUGCAGAUUUCAGUCUGUAGUAGGGGGUAAGUGGAAUGAUUCUUGUGUUCAGCAAGUGUGUACAGCCCGUGAAGGAUGUAAAACUGCCCCACCGCCUGCCCCUACAUCGCUCCUUUCUGACCAACCACUCUUUGUUCAGCCUGUUCUCCUUCUCUCUCCUCUACUUAAUUUACUACCAACAUGCUCUCAACUACAGCGUGGCACCCCGUGACUGUCUAAACUCUGUCUACUUUCGUCCAACUCCAGAAGGCCCAGCAGCUGGAGUCUCAGCUGUCUAGCAGGCUGAAGCCCGAAGGGCAGUCCCCAU